AUGGAUCAGUUAAAACCGCCGUCGCACUUAAGUUUUGAAGGGAAUUUAGCUGAAAAUUGGAAAGAGUGGCUGCAAGGAUUUCGCCUAUACUUGGUAGCCUCGGGGAUCGACGAAAAGGCGGGAAAAGUGAAGGUUGCUACCUUUUUACAUGUUGCUGGUGUCGAAGCGAGACGUAUUUACAACACAUUCAACAUUCCUGAGGAGGAUGCUGAAAAACUAGAGGUAGUGUUCAAAAACUUUCAAGACUACGUUGAACCACGUAAGAACUUAACGUAUGUACGCCAUUUAUUUUUCACACGAAAUCAAGAAAGUCAUGAAACAAUCGAUAAUUAUGUCACUGACUUAAAAAACAAAGCCAUACAAUGCGAGUUUGGUGAUUUGAAAGACUCGUUGAUUAAAGACAGGAUAGUGUGUGGUAUUUCGAGUGAAGCAUGCAGAGCCAGGCUACUACGGGAAGCAGAUUUAUCAUUAACUAAGUGUUUAGACAUUUGCCGUGCUUCUGAAGUUUCCGAACAGCAAUUGAAAAGUUUACACAAAGAACCAUCAACUGCUGUAGCUGCUCAUGUUGUAACUAGAAAACCUGAAAAACUACAGAACCGCGGUAGUACCAGAAAACAAACAGCUCACGUUCACUCAAACACUAACAAACUGAAUGCGUGUAGUAAGUGUGGAAAACAACAUGAGAAAGGGAAAUGUUUUGCGUACAACAAGAAUUGUUACAAAUGCAAAGGCCGUAACCAUUUUGCAAAAUACUGUAAUAAGACACCAAAAUCUGUGCAUUACGUGGAAGAGGAAUCACAUGACCUAUACUUGGGCAUAGUGAAUGUGGACACUAUUCAGGAAGAGGUACCAUGGACUGAGACAGUGAACAUUAACAAAGUACCGGUUACAUUCAAGCUGGACACAGGAGCUCAGGCGAAUAUAAUACCAAGGAAUGUGUUCAAAGAACUACACAUCUCUCCGAAGCAUUUACGAAAAGUAAAAGUGAACCUGUACACUUACAAUGGUGAAGUCAUGAACCCAGAUGGGAAGAUUGAUAUCAGAUGCCGAAUCCGUAAAGUGGAACGUACACUUCCGUUUUACAUCACUGCAAAAGGAAGUACACCGAUACUUGGCAAAGAAUCAUGUGCACGCCUAGGAUUAAUCCAACACAUACCAGCAGAUUCCAUAGAAAGUGCGGAUGUUUGUGUAACAAAGGACAAACUACUGCAACAGUAUCAGGAUGUUUUCAGUGGACUAGGACAUCUACCAGGAAAAUAUCACAUUGAAAUUGAUCCGAAUUCAACGCCAGUGAUACACCCACCAAGGAAAGUGCCGGCAGCGUUACACAGUUCUGUACGUGAUGAACUUCAACGCAUGGAAAAAUUGGGCGUGAUCGCAAAACAGGAUGGUCCUACGGAUUGGGUUCACAGUAUGGUAACAGUACGGAAACCAGGGAAAAUUCGUAUAUGCUUGGAUCCAAAAGACUUGAAUCCGCACAUAAAGCGAGAACAUUACCACUUAGUAACUGUGGAGGAAAUCAUUGAACGACUACCAAAUGCUAAAGUGUUCUCAAGAUUUGAUGCUACGCAUGGUUUUUGGCAUAUUGAACUAGACGAAGCAAGUUCAAAGGCACUCACUUUUAACACACCAUUUGGUAGAUACCGAUAUCUACGACUUCCGUUUGGAAUAACUUCAGCGUCAGAAGUGUUCUCGAAACGAUUACAGGAGUUUUUUUAA